ACCACGUGCUGAGCGACCCCUCCCCCACCGCGUUGUGACUGGAUACAGGCGGGGAUUCAGGCUGGCAGAUACGAGGCUGCUGUUCUGUUUUAUAUUCUGUUUUUCUCCAGACUCUCAAGCUUGGUACCUGCAUCAGAGGAUCUUCACUAAUUCUUCCACUACAUCACAACUUACAGCACAACGCGAAGCUGGAGUCAUUCUCUAACCAACAAUGAACCUAGCGGUAUUUAACGGAGUGGAAAAAAUGAUACAAUUUUUAUACCGAACCCCUUUUAGAUAUUAUGUAUUAAUUACAAUCCUGGUAUCCUUUGGGCCUGUUUGCCAGGGCGAUAAAAUACUGGUGGUCCCACUUGAUGGAAGCCAUUGGCUGAACAUGGACAUUAUCAUCCAAGCACUGCACAAACGAGGACAUACCAUCGACGUGGUCCGUUCAAGUAAGAACUGGUACAUCAAGGAAGAAUCUGCCUAUUACAGUUCUGUAACCGUGCCUGUAACUGAAGGAUUCGAUGAAAAGUUUAUAAAAAACUAUUUACGGACCUUAUUUGACAUAGAAAGGGGCAAAUUCUCUGGAUUAAAUUUCAUCAAGGCACAAGUGGAAGCUUAUAGUCUUAUGAAGACACUAGCAAAUUUCAUUAGUAACAUGACAGUUACCAUGUUUGAAGAUGAGAAUAUGAUGAAGAUGCUGAAGAAUAGGCAAUAUGAUUUGGUGCUCACAGAUCCUGUAUGGGGAACUGGGGUUAUGUUAGCUCACUACCUGAAGCUGCCUGUGGUCUUUAUGGUUAGGUGGACUGCAGGUGGAGAAGGACAUCUUAUUGUCGCGCCAUCACCCUUAUCUUACAUCCCAAUGACUGGAUCGGGGCACUCGGAUGCAAUGACUUUCAUACAGAGGGUCAAAAAUUUAUUUUUCUACUUGGCAACGGAGGUUCAAUACAGGUUGCAAGUAAAAUCAGCAUACCAGGCUGUUUGUGAUAAGUAUUUUGGGCCACACGUUGACUAUGAUGCACUCGUAAGGGCAGCAGAUAUUUGGCUGAUGAGAGUGGAUUUUGUAUUUGAAUUUCCUCGUCCAACAAUGCCAAAUAUCGUUUACAUCGGUGGUUUUCAGUGUAAAGAAGCUAAAACCCUUCCAAAAGAUCUGGAGGACUUUGUGCAAAGUUCUGGUGAGCAUGGAUUUAUCAUCAUGUCUUUGGGAACUUUUAUUGCCGAACUGCCGAGUGAGAUUACAGAGGAAGUUGCGGCUGCUUUUGCUCAACUUCCUCAAAAGGUCAUCUGGAAACACCAAGGAGAAAGACCCUCUACUCUGGGCAACAACACAAUGUUGGUGGACUGGAUGCCACAAAACGAUCUUCUGGGACAUCCCAAGAUACGAGCAUUUGUAGCUCAUGGAGGAACUAAUGGACUCCAAGAAGCUUUGUUCCAUGGUGUUCCUGUCAUUGGUCUUCCCUUGUUUUUUGACCAGUAUGACAAUGUGCUUCGUCUGAGAGACAGGGGAGGAGCAAAACUUCUGUCACUUGGCACACUAAACAGAAACGUCUUUCUUGAGAGUUUACAAGAUGUUCUUUACAACCCGGCUUAUAAAGAGAACAUGCAAAGACUCUCGACACAUCACAGAGACAAACCAGUGAAACCACUGGACAGUGCCCUCUUCUGGAUUGAGUUUGUUAUGAGGCAUAAAGGUGCUGCACAUCUGCAGUCAGAGUCCUACAAAAUGCCUUGGUACAUCUACCACAGUGUUGAUGUAAUAGCUUUCUUACUGCUUGCACUGUGUACCAUGUUUGGGAUGAUUUUUCUCAUCAUAAGGUGUGUGUGGAGAAUGUUCUGUAAGAGAAAGACAAAACAGGAUUGAUGUACUUUGAUGGUGUGACACUCGGUACAACUUCAAACCAUUUCAAAUCUUACCUUCCUUUACUCUGUUCUGUUCUGUUUGUAAAAAGUAGUUCAUCCAAUGUUUUAAUAAACAACAGAAUUGAAAUAA